CCCCAGAUCCCCGAGCUGCGGAAGCGCUCCCGCCGGGAGUACCUGGCCAAGCGCGAGCGGGAGAAGCUGGAGGAGCUGGAGCUGGAGAUCCAGGACGAGGAGCAGCUCUUCGGGGAGGAGACGCUGAGCGCGGCCGAGCUGCGCGAGCUGCGCUACAAACGGAGCCUGCGCGACCUCGCCCGCGACUACAAACGGGCUGGGGAGAGGGAGCAGCUGGAGAGGAGCAGCAGAUAUCACAUCCCCGAGGAGAAACGGGACGGGCGGCUGCCGGCGCAGGACGAGGCGCAGCAGCAGCAGCAGCAGCUGCAGGAGGAGGCCGCAGCGCCCCGGGACGAGCAGCGGCGCUGGGAGGAGCAGCUGCUGGGGGCUGCAGCGCUGCGCUUCGGGGCGCGCGACGCGGCGCAGCGCCGGCCGCAGCCGCAGUACGAGCUGCUGCUGCAGGACGAGCACGCCGUGGAGUUUGUGAGCGCUGCACCGCUGCCAGGGAGCCAGGAACGGCCAGAGGAUGUCCCCAAGGCUGUCCCCGAGGCCGAGCUCCGCAGGCAGUCUCUCCAGGAGAGCCGCCGCUCGCUGCCCAUCUUCCCCUUCCGCCAGGAGCUGCUGGCGGCCGUGGCCCAGCACCAGAUCCUCGUCAUCGAGGGGGAAACGGGCUCAGGGAAAACCACCCAGAUCCCCCAGUACCUGCACGAGGAGGGCUACACGAGGGGGGGGAUGAAGAUCGGGGUGACGCAGCCGCGGCGCGUGGCCGCCAUGAGCGUGGCAGCCAGGGUGGCCGUGGAGAUGGGGACAAAGCUGGGCAACGAGGUCGGGUACAGCAUCCGUUUCGAGGACUGCACGUCGGAGAGAACGGUGCUCAAGUACAUGACAGACGGGAUGCUGCUGAGAGAGUUCCUGACAGAGCCUGACCUGGCCUCCUACAGCGUGAUCAUGGUGGACGAGGCGCACGAGCGCACGCUGCACACGGACGUGCUCUUCGGCCUCAUCAAGGACAUCGCGCGCUUCCGGCCGCGCCUCAAGGUGCUGGUGGCAUCGGCCACGCUGGACACGGAGCGCUUCUCCGCCUUCUUCGAGCACGCCCCCGUCUUCAGGAUCCCCGGCAGACGCUUCCCCGUCGACAUCUACUACACCAAGGCCCCCGAGGCCGAUUACCUGGAGGCCUGUGUGGUGUCGGUGCUGCAGAUCCACGUCACCCAACCCCCCGGGGACAUCCUGGUGUUCCUCACCGGCCAGGAGGAGAUCGAGGCGUGCGUGGAGCUGCUGCAGGAGCGCUGUCGCCGCCUGGGCUCGCGGCUGCCGGAGCUGCUGGUGCUGCCCAUCUACGCCAACCUCCCCUCGGAGCUGCAGGCGCGCAUCUUCCAGCCCACGCCCCCCGGCGCCAGGAAGGUGGUGGUGGCCACCAACAUCGCGGAGACGUCGGUGACGAUCGAUGGCAUCGUCUACGUGCUGGACCCCGGCUUCUGCAAACAGAAGAGCUACAGCGCCCGCACCGGCAUGGAGUCGCUGGUGGUGACACCUUGCUCCAGGGCCUCAGCCAAUCAGCGCGCAGGCCGCGCCGGCCGCGUGGCUCCCGGGAAAUGUUUCCGUCUCUACACGGCCUGGGCGUUCCAGCACGAGCUGGAGGAGACGGCGGUGCCCGAGAUCCAGAGAGCCGACCUGGGGUCACUGGUGCUGCUCCUCAAGAGCCUGGGGAUCAACGACCUGAUCCACUUUGAUUUCCUGGACCCUCCCCCCCACGAGACGCUGGUGCUGGCGCUGGAGCAGCUCUACGCCCUGGGGGCCCUGAACCACCUGGGGGAGCUGACCACGCUGGGCCGGCGCAUGGCGGAGCUGCCGGUGGAGCCGAUGUUGGCCAAGAUGAUCCUGGCGAGCGAACAGUACGGCUGCACGGAGGAGGUGCUGACGGUGGCCGCCAUGCUCUCGGUGAACAACGCCGUCUUUUACCGGCCCAAGGACAAACUGCUCCACGCCGACAGCGCCCGCGCCGCCUUCGGGGUCCCUGGGGGAGAUCACCUGGUGCUGCUCAACGUCUACAACCAGUGGGUGUUGAGCGGUCACUCCCUGCAGUGGUGUUACGAGCACUUUGUCCAGGCGCGUUCCCUGCGCCGCGCCCGCGACGUGCGGGACCAGCUGCAGGGGCUGAUGGAGCGCGUGGAGAUCGCGCCGAGCUCCUGCGGGGGCAACCUGGACCUGGUGCGCAAGGCCAUCACAGCCGGGUUCUUUUACCACACGGCGCGGCUGUCGCGGGGCGGGUACCGCACGGUGAAGCACCAACAGCCGGUGUUCAUCCACCCCAACAGCGCCCUGUUCUCCCUACAGCCCCGCUGGGUGCUGUACCACGAGCUGGUGUGCACCUCCAAGGAGUUCAUGAGACAGGUGAUGGAGAUCGACAGUACCUGGCUGCUGGAGGUGGCCCCUCACUAUUACCAGGCCAAGGAGCUCGAGGACGGCAGCGGCCGCAAGAUGCCAAAAAAAACCGGGAAAACUCGGGAGGAGCUGGGCUGAGCCCGGCCUGGGACACCUGGGGACACCUGGGGACAC